AUGGAAUAUGUUAAACGUUUUACAAAUCGACAAUAUAAUGAUAAUGACGUUCAGCCAGCAUUACUUGCUCGAUUGGAAGAGUUACGUCAACAGUCUCCUGAAUAUUUUUCAAAACCAAUCUAUGUAUUAGAUGCUGUUGAUGAUACUAUUGAAGGCCAAUUGGAGCGACGGCUACAACAAGAAAAGCGAUCUUACACAGGGAAGCGCAUUUCACUUAUCCCAUAUAACAUCGGAAAUUCGCAUUGGAUUGGACUUCUAUUAGAAUUCACAACAGACGAACAAAUUAUACGAGCUGAGUAUAUUGAUCCCGUUAAUGGUGAUAAUAUUAUUCCGAUCAGAGUGAAAAAUCAAUUUGCUACAGUAUAUGUCGAUGAUAUUUUACAGAUCAGGCAUUUGCGAAAGCAAGAUGGCCCAAGAAAUAGUGCAGAGUUAAUGAUUGAAAAUUUAUUAAUGGCAGCUGGAAAUGCUUCAUUACCACGAGACGCAGGUAAUGAAUUGACAAUUUCAGAAUUACGACAAAGACUGAACAGCGGUUUGGCGAAGUGGGAAAUUCAGGAUGUGGCUAAGUUGCCAGAAAAAAUGCAGGAAACAGAACAACGAAUUGCAGAUUAUCUGAAGAAGAAAAGAUAUGACAAAGUCGAGAGAGAAAAAGCAAAAAUGAAGGAAUUGAAACAGCUAGUGGACUUGUCGAAAAAGAUGGCUUUUCUCGUAAGUUCUAUGAACGAUGACGAAUUAAAACUACAUUACAUGGAGCAGAGAUUAGCUAAUGGGUUGACAAAGUGGGAAAUUCAGAAUGUGAGUAAACUACCAGAAAAAAUACGGGAAACAGAACAACGUAUUGCAGAUUAUUUGAUGAGGAAAAGAAAUGACAAGGCCGAGCGAGCUAAAACAGAUUUGACUGAACUGAUAGAUUUAGUACAACUUAAAGAAAAUAUUAGCAGUUUUCAAAUCCAAAUCCUAAACAAAGAAGCAAAAUUAAAAGAGGAUCUUGAAAUUCUACAUGAAGCUUUGCCGAUCAUGCCUACUUGUGCUGAAAAGACGAUAAUGGAGUUGCAAGAACAUUUUCAACGGAAACUACUGAAAGAUUGUGUUCUUCCAUUAACUAAAACUUCACCGAACGAUUUAUUAAAACAACUUGAUAAUCAGAUGAAGAGGCAAGAGUUAAGUUCGGGAGAAAUCAGAAUGAAUCUUCAAGAGUUGGAUACAUCUGUACAUAGAAACGAUUGUUUAUCUACGGUGCGUAUUUUGAAAGAGCUUUUAAAGAAAAUCUGGCCUUUAAAUGUGCAAGAGAUACGAAGACUCACAGAUAAAGCGGAAGAGGCAGCUGAAAUGAUUCGAGGCAAAGAUAUCAUUCUUUUAGUUGGUGCGACGGGAAGUGGAAAAUCUACUACAAUUCAAUUUCUUGCAGGUACUAGAAUGAAAGAAACUAAGGUAGAAGUUGCGCCAGGGAGAUAUUUGGUUCAUAUUGAACCUGCUGGUCCAACUAAGAAUCCCAGAUUGAGUAACUUGACAAAUAAUCCACUAAACAAGUCGGAUACUCACUAUAUUGUGCCCAUUACGGUGCCAUUGAAAGAUAUUUUUGGUCUUCAUGAGACCGGAUAUAUUAUUUUAUGCGAUACACCUGAUUUUGGUGAUACGGUAGAUGUAGAAGUAGAUCUUGCAAAUAGUGUAGGAUUUAUUGAAGCUAUUACAGGAUGUUCAAGUGUCAAGCUACUGGUUCUAUCAAACUAUCAAAGUUUAGAUGACAGAGGUGAAGGUAUUCAAAAACUGGCUCACCUGUUGAACAGUAUAGUAAAUAAAACAGACUAUCGAUUAAACACAAUUUUGUAUGCAUUUACAAAAUGUUCUUUGCCAGUGGAUAUUAAUGCAAUUUUAUUGGAUAUCAAAGCUUCAACGGUAGAUAGAAACCUGCUAAAAUCAGAUAGCGCCUUUGUAACACUACUGGAAGAUAUGAUAGAGAAAACUAAGAAUAACGCUGAAAUAAUAGAUCCUGUUCAUGGUGAUCCAAGACAGUUGAUUGAGAAAUUGAAGCUUGUAAAUAGAAUCCAAUGUCCAGGCGAUUUUUUUCGAUUUUCAAUGAGUCAAGAAACACAAACAGUUAUUGUAAAUCAAGUAAACAGAUAUAAAUUGAACAUCAUGUGUGCAAUGAAAUACAGAGACAAUAAUCUUGUGAUAUAUUAUUUGAAUGAUUUAAAGACAUUCAAAGACUGGUUAAAGGAAAGUUUUAUUCGAGAUGCUUAUCAAGAGUCUCUACGCUUUGUAAAAGAUAGUAUUGCUAAUUCUUAUGCAGAAAUGAUGCAAAAUUUUAAUCGUUCGUUUACACGUCAAGAUAAAUUGAGAGAAGAAGACAUUACUGAUUACAUAGCUUUUAUUGAUUACAUUGAAGAUACACAAAAACUGAACGAACAUCUAGGAUCAGAUUUAAUGUCAUCAGCAACAGUAAUACAAAAUAUAGAUUGUGAAUUGCAGAAAAGAAGUCAUGCGCUCAUCACAGAAGAUUUAAAUAGUCCUUUGGUAAAAGCCUUCCUAGAUAAUUUUUGCUUGCUCAAAAGCUCGUUAAAGUUACUUGAAUCAAGUUAUAAUGCAAGUUGUAAGAAGUUUUCAGAGAGUUUUGAAAGACUAUUGGAAUCUGCACGAGAACUCAUGAUAGCCAAUGAAUUUGUACAUGUUGCUAGAAUCAUUCUUAUAAUUUCAGAAUCAUCACAAACUUUAAAUAGUCAUUUGGGUAGACAAAUAGAACAAAAGUAUCGGGAAACUGUCAAAUUACUCUUGAAACAUUUAAUCAGUUUCGCUGACAAAGCAGAUUCUCUUUUAGUAAAGCCCCAUUUGAAUGAUAGUGAUGUAAAAAAAUUAAGAAACUACAUGGAAAUACUAAAAUCAGCUAAAGAAAAUAAUGCACUUCAAGAUCGUAUUUCUACAUAUGUGGAAAUGUUGAAAAACAAAACCGAUGUAUACGAAGAUGAUAUUCAAGAUUUGAAUGAAAUUUACAAUAAAUUCAUUUCAAAAAUUGUCGUGUACUUUAAUAACAUUAGCAGUAGGAUCCAAGAGCUUUUCAAAGAAAACGAAGAUCGUGCUCUAGAGAAUAUAGAACAAAUAGUUGCAGAAAUGGAAGCUAUUCAUGCAAUACCAGAACUUGAGUCAAAGACAGGUGAGACAUAUUAUCGUACGAUUGAAAACAUUCGUAAAUACAUGCAGCAAUUGCAGAAAGACGUACAGAAGUCUCUUGUCGCUAUUGAUAGUCAGUCCGAAAACAUCAAUUAUAGGUAUCUUGCGAAUUCGGUGGCACGUUUGAAAAAAGCUAAAUGGAUUGACCGCCUUAGUCCAGGAGCACAUGAUCUUUUGAUGUGCCGUAUUCGAGAAGAGUUGAUGCAAUAUGCUGAUCAAUUGGAACAUCGUUUGAUGAAACUAGAUUUAAGUUUGAAAUAUCAUGAGAAUGUUAUUGUAGCGCAAGAUAUUCUUAAGAAAAUUGAAUCGUUAAGCAUUUUCGAAAGUAGUGUUCCAGAACUCGAAAAGUGCAGACUUCGCCUUUUAAAAUACUUUCUCAAAUCUAUGCAGGGUGCAUUCGAUUAUAUACAAAGAACGUUCAACCUACAAGAUAGUACUGUCUAUCAAUUAAAGCAGGAACUGAAAGAACUUGAACAAAUUAAACGUGACUACGAGGAUUUGGAUCCAGCUCAUGUAUAUUCACGAAAACAAGAAUCUCCCGAUAUAGAUUCAUUGAAUCGUAAGAUUGAAUCUUUAAAAAACAAGCAACAGCCAGAGCUUGUGAAUCAGGAUAGAUCAGCAGGAUUCAGUCAAUCUUUAAAUCAAAUUGACACGAUGAAGAGACAAAAUAAUUGGUUAUCAGGUUCACGUAUAUCUGUUUUGCCAGAAGAAAUAAUUUUUCUUCAAAAGAAAGGAUUUUCAAGUAUUGAAUCCCUUUACGGCAGCAUACAAGAGAAGAAGAGAAUCAUUCUUGAGCGUGAGAAUAAUAAGCCACCGUAUGAUUUUAGUGGUAGAUUCGAUGCUUCAAUAGCAAAUAGUGCACUAGUAUACUUAAGUCAAUGCGAAAAAGGAUACCAUGUUCGUGUAAAGGAAAUCGCAGCUGACACAAACGAGAUCUUGAAAAAGUACAUUCGUGAAUAUGGUAAUUUUUUGAACCUGGAAAUAACCAGAAACUUUAAGAGUAUCAUUAAUAUUGAAUCUAGAGAAGACUAUUCUGAAUAUUCGAAUGAUUUAGAAAAGUAUCUACGAGAAUUAUCUUCUCUAAAUAGGUUUGCUAAUGUUUUUGAUUGCAUAGAUGGAGCCGAGAAACAAGAAAAUUGGUAUCGAACAUUUCUUGCUUAUCAUCGGAAUCUGAGCGAUAAAAUGGAAGAAUAUAAGAUGUCUGACAAUAAAAGGGAAUUACAAACUCGGUUAAAUAUUUCGCAAGCACUGAUUUGCGUAGAUAGCUUCUGUGCCUCUGUGUUUACGGACAAUGGAUUUCGAGUUCUAUAUAGACAGUAUCAAAUCGAAGUAAACAAGCAAUGUAAAGCAACUUAUAUGUCUGUACUAGAUCAUAUAUCAAAGAUGGAUUAUGAAAGUGCAACUAUAUCACUAGCUGACAUCGAUCAUAGGCUGUUAAAUGAGAAAGAUUUAGCUCAAAUAAAACAUGACUUACAGACUUCUUUAUACAAGUUGAUGACAGAUAUCAAAAGUAUUUUACAUUCGUUCAGUGACAAAAUCGAAAGAGAGGAAGAUAGUAGGAGUCAAAUACAAGAGAUAAAAGAAAAAAUUGAGAAAAUCCAAGUUGCAACGAAUAAAAAGAAUAUUAUGCAGUUACUUGACAAUAAAAUCAGAAUCAAACUUGAUACAUUUAGUGAUGAUAUUGAGAAAAUUUUAUCGGAUAUUAUGUUGCGAGGAUUUGAUGCUAUUGAAGUUCUUAUUAAUACUGAUAAUUUUUCGGAAGCGGAACAAUGUAUGAAAAAUCUUGGUAUUGUACAGCGUGAAUUAGCAGCCUAUUGUACAUCGACUACAGUGACUGAAAAAAGUAAGGAACUCAGAGAAAGAUUGGAUAAUAUGGUUAGUGAGAUCUUGCAGCGUGAUUUUGAAGAUAUCAGUAAAUAUUCCAUGAAUUCGCCAAAAGAUCUUCACGAAAAAUUAAAGAUGGCUGCAUUACAUGGUAAUAUUAGAUUUAAUCAAGCUUGUAAUGUUAUGUUGGAAAAAAUCAAACAGAGCUUCACUGCAGCUAUAGAUCAAGUACGCGCAGCUUCGUUGGAGGAACGUGCCAGUAAAGUGCGUUCAUUAAAUUACGCAUUGUGCUUUUUACCAGAUGAGUUACAAGCUUCAUUCAAAAUUCUGAUUGAUGAACUGAGUAAAUCAGUAACUGAUGAAGAGAAAGCACUGAGACGUGAAUUGGAUGAAUCUCUAAAAAGCGUAGACGAUGACGAUCAUGCCAUUAGAAAGCUCGGUACACUUGCUCAGCGUUAUAGUAAACAAAAUGCAAAUGAACUUUUUGAAACAUUACGAACUGAAACUUUGAAAAAAUUGUAUAUCUAUCGAGAAAACGUAGCGAGUGUAUUAGAUCGGCAAGACAUGCAGUCAGCUAUUAAUAUAGCGAAGAAAAUAUUAAAAUAUAAAGAAUCUGUAGGUUAUCACAUUCCAGAAGUAGAAGCAGUUUAUAAAAACGUUCAGGAUCUGAUAAUUAAAAACUUUUUGAAUUGUUGUGACACGCUUGUCAAAAUAUCCACGAUUGAACAAACACAUAUUGUUGAAGAAGCCUUUCAAAAUAUGAUCAUUUGUAUUAGUUUUUCGAGUACGCUUCAUGAAAAAAACGAACAAUUUCUUCCUGAACAUGUGUUAGAAAAUGGUAGCGACUCGUUUCUAAAAAUGUACGAAUAUUUAUAUCAAAAUUCUGAAAAAUAUCGUAGAGCUAUCAAGGGAUUGCAUAUUGUUGAACUGGGUGAAGUUUUAAGAAUAGCUAAACGAUGGGAUGGACUUCUACAGAAAAUUAAACAGUGCCAUCUAAAACAUGAGUCAAUUCAAGUCUUGAUGAAAAAUAUAACAAAUGUGAUUCCAUACACAAAUAUGAUUGCUGAACUUCAAAAAGAGAUUACCUAUUUAAGAGACCAAUUAGAUGUUGAACUCAUCAGUAAUGAUACAACAAAGUUCGAAAAACAUCGUGAAGAAUUUUUUGGCAAUCUUAUGAAAGUAGUCAGCACAUUAAAGGAGAUCGAUUCCAAAUUAAAAGAUAUUUUACCAUUUAAAGUGGAUGUUGAUAAGGUAGAAGACGAACUUAGAAAGAAGAUCCAAAAACUUGGCGAUCAUCUACUUGCGAUAGCAUCGAAAGGAGAGUUAUCUACACGCGAUUCUGAUCAAUUUCGUAUGUUUUACGAUCAUCUAGCAUCGUUGAAUAAAUAUGCAGCUAGAAUAGGGUUCGAUGGUAGACAAUUUUUAGAUGCAUCAGAGAAACACAUUUUCGGUCAAGUAAUGUCCUUGAGUAAAGAGAUUGGAUCUUCGAGUUCAGAUGUUACAAAAGUAGCUAAAUUAUUAACUCAAAUGAAAUUUUUUGCUGAAAAUCUAUCGAUGUUCGAUAGUAAAAUCAAUGCAGAGAUUGAUGAAGCGCUUAAACUUUAUAAGCAAAGAGAAGGUGCAUCGGUACUUAUGCAAUUGACUAUGAUAUUAGAAAAAACAGAUAUCGGUGCACGGUUAAUGUCUGAGCAUUCUGCUUUAAGCGGAGAGGAUUGGCGAAAGCGACGUGAAAAAAUGCAAAAUCAAGAUAAUCUGGAGUAUGUCCUGAAAGAAUUAACCGGCGACGAUAUUGUCACAGAUGUUUUAGCUACUUGUUAUCAGACUUUUAGGGCAAAGUAUGACGAUUUAGUAUCUCGAAUUUUAGCAGUAUUUGAUCAGAAAAAAGAUGAUGAACCUGAUUUAGAAGUGUUGAUCGCUCAAACGAAGGCUCUGGUGGCAAAAGUCACUCGAAAAUCGAAUACUAUUAUUUGGGAUUCUUCCUUCAGAGAUAAGAUUCCCGAGUUAUUGGCAUAUAUUUUUGCUGUAUGGACUUUAAAAAAUACGCAACACUAUAAUGCAUUGCGUGGCAUUGAAUCAGCACGUGCAUAUUUAUUAAUGCCUCAUGUUGCACAAGUUCUUGCUAUUUUCCGUAUUCUUGGCAUUGGCUACAAAAAAUACUCAAAAACUUCUGAUGAUUUAAUUAAUAAUCUAGUAGAGAUAGGAACGGGUGAAGGCAAAUCAGUUGUGAUGGCAGUAACAGCGUGUGUUUUCGCUCUCAUAGGAGUGGAUGUCAAUUGUUCAUGCUAUAGUGAAGUACUAAGUACACGAGAUAAGAAUGAUUUUGCUUCAGUUUUUGAGGCUCUCGGAGUAGAAGAACGUAUUGAAUAUGGUACUUUUAAUAAAUUGUGUGAAAAUCUUCUGAAUGAACGAUGCAAUGUGCGAGAGAAGGUGCGCGAUAUGAUUGUCAAUAAUACAAGCGCUAUAUCCGUAAUUGGAAAAAACACAUAUUUACGUCCCAAAGUGUUGCUGAUUGAUGAAGUAGACGUUUUUUUGAGUGACAAAUUCUAUGGUGGUAUGUAUACACCUUCGGUGUUUUUGAGAAAUUCGUCCAUUAAGGAAUUAUUAGAUACCAUUUGGCAAAACAAAACAGUGGGAAAUUCAGAUAGUAUUAAAGCCACGUCGGCAUAUCAGACAUGUGCCGCUCGAUUUAGCAACUGGACUUUUAUUCUAUCAACACUUCUAAAGGAUAUGAUAGCAGCAUUAGAAUCGUUUCAGUCCUCGACUCAUAUUGUCCAGAACGAUAAAAUCGUUUAUGUCGAAGGUGAAUCCAUAGUUGACAAUGUAGUUCGAGGUUACGAUACAGUGUGGACUUACUAUCAAGAAAAUCAAAAUGGUAAUAUUAGUCAGAGUAGCUUAGCAGAAAAUGUUGGUAUCUUAGUGAAUUGUGGAACAUUUUCAUAUGCUGAAAUGCCGCAUGAAUUCGCCUAUAUCACCGGUGUAACUGGCACUUUACGCACACUUGUCAAGACAGAAACAGAUAUACUAAAAUAUGUAUAUAAUGUGCAAAAAAAUACAUUUAUGCCAUCUGUAUUCGGAAAAAGCAAUCGUACCUAUAAUCCUAACAAUGAUGUACUAGUCAUGAGCGAGUCUGAAUAUUUCAUGAGAAUACGUGGAGAAAUUGACGGCGUAUGCAGAGCCGAUCGUGCGAUUCUCGUAUUUUUUGAGUCAGAAGAAAAAUUGAUGAAAUUUUACGAAUCUCCGGAGUUGGCAUCUAAAAAACAUGACGUCCAAAUUAUAACUGAGACUGUCUCUGUAAAAGAUAGAGAGUUGUAUAUUAAACGUGCAGCAAUGAUUGGUAGAAUUACACUGUUGACUAGAACAUUCGGACGAGGUACUGAUUUUAUCUGUCGUAAUCAACAACUCCUACUUAAUGGAGGUAUGCAUGUACUUCAAACAUUCUUCUCUGAAGAAUUAUCGGAAGAAUACCAAAUUAUAGGAAGAGGUGCACGACAAGGAGAUUAUGGUUCAUACAGAAUGAUUUUACUCGAUAAAGAUUUAGAAUGGGUUCUUGGUUCUACUUGGAAGGAAGAACUACCAAACAUAGCAGGCACUAUUCUCUAUAAGACUUUGAACAAGGCUCGUCAUGCACUUUAUAAAAGUAAGUGUGCGGCGAAAGAACUUGGCAUAGAGCAAUGCAAACUUGAACAUAAAGCUGCUAAAGAGUUUAUGGCUGCAUUAUCCGAAGGAAACAUAAAGGCUGUAAAGAAAUUUUUGUUGAAACAAAAUCGAGGAGCAAGUUCAGUGACAAAAACUUCACGUACCGUUUUACUGAUGGAUGCAACAGGUUCUAUGUCGAGUUUGUUAUCUGCUGCUAAAGAAACAGUUUGUACAAUGUUUGAGCGAGCUUCUGAUAUUUUAAAAGAAGAAAUGCUCCCGAGUGAUGCAUUUCAGAUGCAAAUUGUCAUAUAUCGAAAUUAUAAUUCUAGAGAGAAUAAGAUUUUACAAGCUUCUUCUUGGGAGACAAAAGCUAGUAAUUUAAGAUCAUUUAUGAAUACCAUCAGUCCUGAGGGUGGAUGGGGACAGGAAGCCAUUGAAAUAGGUUUAUGGCAUGCAGUUAAAGAAAGCGAAAUGAAAAACUCAAUCUCUCAAGUAAUUUUAAUAGGAGAUGCUCCAUCAAAUACACAGCAAGAUGUCAGACAAAAAAGAGAAAGUUUUGGUGAAGCAUAUUGGGAAAAGACCAGAUUUAGUAAGCCAACAUCUUGUCGAUAUGAAUUACAGAAGUUAAAAGAGAAAAAUAUUCCUGUCCACGCAUUCUAUCUUACUGAUUAUGCAAAAGAUGACUUCGAAAAAAUUGCUAGAGAGACACGAGGACGCUGUGAGCAUCUAGAUAUUCAUUCUUCUGAUGGUGCUGAAUCCCUGACUGAUUUUGUAACAGAAGAAAUUUUAAGAAGUGCAGCUGGUGAUUAUGGAGAUACUGUCGUAGAGCUAUAUAGAACGAAAUAUGUGAGGAAAACUUAUGCGUUCUAA